AUGCACGCGGUUGUGAACCAGCUUCGCUCUUACCAGAACUGGGCGUCGAGAAACAGAGGCAUCCGCCACAAGUGCGAGUUACGGAUGGGCGGCUUGAUCACACCUCUCCUACGCGCAGUCGGUUUUUCUCCUGAUAUGACAGAGGAUGUCGCACCACCCGAGGAGCUCGACCUCGAGUAUCUGAAGAACAGCGUCUUCUUAAAAAAGACGCCAGACGAUGGACCGCUGCUCUAUCAGUUCUUUCAUCUUCAGUUCGGCGCCUCUCGGAUGUUGUUACCUAACCCGAGCUGGACCACGAUCAGAGGCGGGUCCAAUGUCGAGUUCAACCCGCCUCAGUCUGCACUUUACACGCCUUCUCGCUCGACCACACGUAACUACGCUACACUUCCGGCGACCACGCAGCGCUACGAUCGGUCUCUUGCGGACGAGACUAUGCCUGUGGAUGAGUUUGACCAUUUUCACUUCCCGGAGUACACCACCACAGCCAGACAGAGCACCGGACUGAAGGCAGCUCACAAGCGCAUCAGCCUCCUCCAGCGGUGGAACAGGACGCAAGACAAGAUUACCAACAAACUCAAGAACAAGAUUAAGAAGAUGGCUGAUCAGAUCAAAGCCAUGCAAGAUAAGUUGAGUUGUGUUGCCUCAGCAUCACGAGGAGUACAGAGGAUCGCAGUCGGCCCACGACCAGUGGAUCUUUCCGAGGACGAGGUUCACCACGACACCACUGGCGGUCGGCCACCGCCUCCUGACCCGCCAUGUCAUUCUUCCUUCGAGCAGCGACAGCAGCGGAAGAGGCAGACGCGGACUUGCCAUUCAGGCGAUGCAGCUCUGUUUCGAGACAGACGGCGCCGACGGAUCAUCACACUCCGCCGACGAGAGCUCCACCGGACUAGUACGUUCCGUACAGCACCGAGCAAGCUGCACCUUCCACCGUCCCUCCAUACACACAUGAGAGCAUGCAGGACGAUCUCGACGCGAUCAUUCAUGGCCGUCACUGAUGCUCCUUUCCGACUCUACUCGACCGAUCACCACCAUUGUAUCAUUCCAUUUUUCAUUUUCUUUUUCUUCUAUUGA